UAUAUCUGUUAGGAGAAUCAUCCCUCUCUCUUUUUUUUUUUUUUGGGUGUUUCCUUCUCGCAUCAAAGCUUCUGAGAACUCUUCUGGAUUCGAGAUUAGAGAAUUAGGGCAUUUCCGUUGGGUUAAAAGGGUUACGAAGAGCAUAAGAUAUAAUGCCUUCGGUGCCCUCUAAGCUUCUCCUUUUGGUUCCUUCUCUGACUCCUUGUCAUUCCGGUUUGUCUUCUUAUCGUCUUAAACCUCUUGAAAAGUCUGAUUGGCGUGGUAAUCUUAGUUAACAUCUCUCUUUCUCCUUCUCCUUCUUCUUCUUCUUCUGCCUCCUCCUCUCUUCUCUCUCUUUUCAUCGAAAGACAAAAACUUUACUUGAUCUUUGGUGUGCUCGAUUCGCAAACCCACGAAGUUACGACUACUAGUUUGAAUAUUUAGUUGGAUAUGAGCUCUGUUUCGGGUAAAGAUUCAGACUUUGAGAUCUCGGCUUCUUCGAGUCCGCGUUUAACGCAGCAUGUUGGAUCUGAAGAUUCUCUGGAACCCGAUGGAGAUGAAACUGGUUUUAUAAACCAAACUGUGAAU